GUCUUUUAACAUAGCGGCUGCAUAGAAGCCGUCACCCCUUCCCCUGAGUGGGCCUUUGUAGAACAAGGCGUGAAAAAUGGUGAAGUUCACCAUGGAGGAGAUCCGUGCGCUCAUGGACAAGCCUCACAACAUCCGCAACAUGAGUGUGAUUGCUCAUGUGGACCACGGCAAGUCGACCCUCACCGACUCGCUGGUGGCUGCGGCCGGUAUCAUGGCCGUCGAGCAGGCCGGCGACGCCCGCCUGACGGACACCCGCGCCGACGAGCAGGAGCGCGGUAUUACCAUCAAGUCGACCGGCAUUUCGCUCUACUACCAGAUGACCGAUGACGACCUGAAGAACUUCACUGGUCAGCGUGAUGGCAACGACUAUCUGGUGAACCUGAUUGACUCGCCCGGUCACGUCGACUUCUCUUCGGAGGUGACCGCCGCGCUGCGCAUUACCGAUGGCGCUCUGGUCGUCGUGGAUUGCGUGGAGGGUGUGUGCGUGCAGACCGAGACUGUGCUGCGCCAGGCCCUGGCUGAGCGCAUUCGCCCGGUGCUGACCGUCAACAAGAUGGACCGCUGCUUCCUGGAGCUGAUGCUGGAGGGUGAGGAGGCCUACACCACCUACCUGCGUGUGAUUGAGAACGCCAACGUCAUCAUGGCCACCUACCAGGAUGAGGCCAUGGGCGACAUCCAGGUCUACCCCGACAAGUCGACCGUGUCCUUCUCCGCCGGUCUGCACGGCUGGGCUUUCACCCUGACCACCUUCGCGCGCAUGUACGCGUCGAAGUUCGGCACUGAUGAGGCCCGCAUGAUCACCAAGCUGUGGGGCGACAACUUCUUCGACCCCGCCACCAAGAAGUGGACCACCAAGCAGACCGACUCGCCCAGCUGCAAGCGCGGCUUCGUGCAGUUCAUCUACGAGCCCAUCAAGCAGAUCAUCGAGCUGGCCAUGAAGGACGCCAAGGACAAGCUGUGGCCCAUGCUGGAGAAGCUGAACGUGAUCGGCCGCCUCAAGUCUGACGACAAGGAGCUGAGCGGCAAGCCCCUGAUGAAGCGCAUCAUGCAGAGCUGGCUGCCCGCCAACGAGGCGCUGCUGGAGAUGAUCGUCUACCACCUGCCCUCGCCCGCUAAGGCCCAGCGCUACCGCGUGGACGUGCUGUACGAGGGUCCCCUGGACGACACCUACGCCACCGCCAUCCGCAACUGCGACCCCAACGGUCCCCUGAUGGUGUACAUCUCCAAGAUGAUUCCCACCGCCGACAAGGGCCGCUUCUUCGCCUUCGGCCGUGUGUACUCCGGCAAGGUGGCCACCGGCGCCAAGGUCCGCAUCAUGGGCGCCAACUACAUCCCCGGCGAGAAGAAGGACCUGUACAACAAGUCGGUGCAGCGCACCGUGCUGUGCAUGGGCCGCAAGCAGGAGGCCGUGGAGGACGUGCCCUGCGGUAACACCGUGGCGCUGGUGGGCCUGGACCAGUACAUCACCAAGACCGCCACCAUCACCAAGGAGGGCUGCGACGACGCCUUCCCCAUGAAGGCCAUGAAGUUCUCCGUGUCGCCCGUCGUGCGUGUGGCCGUGGAGCCCAAGAACGCCUCGGACCUGCCCAAGCUGGUGGAGGGCCUGAAGCGCCUGGCCCGCUCGGACCCCAUGGUGCAGUGCAUUAUCGAGGAGACCGGCGAGCACAUUAUUGCCGGUGCCGGUGAGCUGCAUCUGGAGAUUUGCCUGAAGGAUCUGCAGGACGACUUCAUGGGCGGCGCUGAGAUCAAGAUCUCGGAGCCCGUGGUGUCUUUCCGCGAGACCGUGACCGCCCAGUCGGACCACACCGUCAUGUCCAAGUCGCCCAACAAGCACAACCGCCUGUACAUCCAGGCCCGCCCCAUGGAGGACGGCCUGGCUGAGGCUAUCGAGUCUGGCCGCGUGGGCCCCCGCGACGACCCCAAGAUUCGCUCCAAGAUCCUGUCAGAGGAGUUCGGCUGGGACAAGGAGAUCGCCAAGAAGAUCUGGUGCUUCGCCCCCGACACCAACGGCGCCAACAUGAUGAUUGACGUGACCAAGGGUGUGCAGUACCUGAACGAGAUCAAGGACUCUUGCGUUGCCGCCAUGCAGUGGGCGUGCAAGGAGGGUGUCCUGGCGGAGGAGAACAUGCGCGGCAUCGUCUUCGAGUUCAUGGAUGUGGUGCUGCACACCGACGCCAUUCACCGCGGUGGUGGCCAGAUCAUCCCCACCGCCCGCCGCGUGAUCUACGCCGCCGAGCUGACCGCCCAGCCCCGCCUGUGCGAGCCCGUCUACCUGGUGGAGAUCCAGGCGCCUGAGCAGGCGCUGGGCGGCAUCUACUCCACCCUGAACACCAAGCGCGGCAUGGUGUUCGAGGAGAUGCAGCGCCCCGGUACCCCCAUGUACAACAUCAAGGCCUACCUGCCCGUCGUGGAGUCGUUCGGCUUCACCUCGGUGCUGCGCGCCAACACCGCUGGCCAGGCCUUCCCCCAGUGCGUGUUCGACCACUGGGACGUCAUGCCCAUGAACCCGCUGGACAAGGGCACCCAGGCCAACACCCUGGUCACCAACAUCCGCACCCGCAAGGGCCUCAAGCCCGAGCCCGCUCCCCUGUCCGAGUACGAGGACAAGCUCUAAAUGCGCGGCCUGCUUGCGAUUGCGGCCUGUCUUCGUUCAUGGGGACAGGCGCGCGCAGCGGCGGCGGUGGAGCCGGGUGCUGGGGCCCGCCUGGCAGCGCUGUCGCAGCGGCGGCGUGACCAACGGCAGCGGCGGCAUGUGGUUCUUGGGUGAUCGAGGAGGAUCCAGCAGCGGCGGCGGGGGCUCCUAGCAGGCGCUGGGGCGGCGGCGAGCGGCUUUGCGGCUGUGGCGUGGCGGCACUGGCGCGGCGGUAGGGUCUUGAGGUGUGCGCACCUCCUGCAGUCCGGUUAUGCACGUGCGGUCUGUAGCGGGCUGGCGGAUGUCGUAACGACAGCUAGCGAAGGUUGCGCUGUGAUGCCGAGCAAGUGGCGCUGAACGUGUGUGGGCCGACGGGGUUGUAGCGAACCGGGACCAGCUCGGGGCUGAUUGUGUGUUGUUAAGAACACAGUAGGGGUAGCACUUUCAUUAGCCAGGUACCGAAGCCGCGGGCAGGAAUGACUCGGGCGCGCAUGGUUCAGGCGUCUUGCAGGUGUGUGAGAACUCUCAAAGUGUGCGGUGGACUAGUGGCGGUGACGCCGUAGGUGGGUGGCGGUAAAUAGCGCUUGCGCGCCUGUUCUUGCCGACCCGGCAGGGCGGGGCUGCAGCAACGUGAUGGUGCAACGCCUGCCGUAAAUGGUCCAUAUGCGGAACAGUGCGCAGACUCGUCUGAGUGAUCGUGUGACACAAGUAGGUUACGGGUUGACCAAUGACAUGCGCAAGGGGUUUCGCACGCAAAGGGUUGGCACCAAAUGCCACCCGCGCUAUUCGGGAUUCGAGAUGUUCGCUGCACGCGACUAGCGGCAGAUCAAAGAACAAGCGAAAGC